AUGGAGGAGCCACCUUCUUCCCCGCCGACGGAUCUGUCGACGCCGGAGGAGGCGCUCGCAUACUACAAGUCACAGUACGAGCAGCUCGAGAGCGAGUUAUCGGAGUUCCAGGCUUCCAGUCAGGAGCUUGAGGCAGAGCUCGAGAAGGACGUUGAGGCGGCGGAGAAGAGGGAGCGUGUGUUGCAGGAGAAGGCCGAGAGCUUGCGGUUUGAGGUCGAGGAGUGGAAGUCCAAGUACAAACAGGCCAAGACCGAGGCCAACUCCGCCCAGAGCAUACUCCAGAAAGAGAUCACCACGCUUCGGGACACCAACCGAACUCUGCAGUUGAGGCUGCGCGAUAUCGAGGUUCAGAAUGACGAUUUCGAAAGGCAAGCCCGGAAUACAACGUCGUCGUUGGAAGAUCUGGAGUCCAAGUACAACGUUGCGAUUGAAAGGGCCGUCAUGAUGGACGAGGAGAUCAAGAUUGGCGAACAGGAAAGAGAACAUCUACGCAUCGAGACCCAGCGGCUACGCGACGAGUUAUCAGACCUCAGGAUCGAAGCAGAGAUCAUGCAAGACAAACUCCGAAAACGAAAUGUUCACAAUCUCGCGACGGAUGUCACGGCGCCUAAUUCUCCGUCCCUGGGAGAUUCUCCAACGUCUACAGCUUCUUCCCCCAUGGUUCGGACUCCACCAGAUGCAAAGUCUGUUUCGACUCCCGACGGGCUGACUGAUGCGCUCACUCCUCCGUCUCCACCCAUCUCCGACGCUUCUGGUUCCGCGAGACAGAUGCUCAAGACUCCUAUGAACCCCCCGAAGAGCAAGCUGAAGCUCCCAUCCGGAGACUCUAGCACCACGCCAAAGCCCACCGCCGCAAGAUACUCUUCUACUAACCUGCGAAGCUCGAGAGGGCCACCUUCAGCGGCACCACCGAGAUCAUCUCGCGUAAGAAAUGCAACCCCCGCUGUUAUUCGAAAUGCGAAAUCUAAAGCGCCGGCCACUCGAGGCCUGCCCAACUCGACAUCACUCACUCAUAUUCGAAGCCUUACAGCACAAAUGCAAAGGUUAGAGCAACGUGUACAAUCUGCCAGAUCUAAACUCCCAGCACCGAUCCACACUCCACCACAAGCGUCCCCUCGAAACCGUUCCUCUCUCGGACACAACUACAUGCCCCCAAGUGUCACUAUAAGAAGCAGGAAGCGGACAGGUGGAAGCACGAGUAGCAGCACGUCAAUGGCUGCCGAAGACACACCCCAGCCCUCAACCAAGCACGUCGCACGACUGUCUACAUCAGGGAUCUCUCGGCUCUCCUUUGGCCCUCUACCAGGCCGGGAAGGUAGCACCGAUAGUAGACCCAGCAGCCGCGCUAGCGGAACCAGCUACGUGCGUCCCGAUCGGCCUCUUUCUCGGACUGAAUUUUCUCGCUCAUUAAGCCGCACAUCAAUGUCAGGGGCUCGUACCCCGUUAGGCCACUACUCACAGUGCUCGAUAGCCGAGUAUCGCCGUCCGCGAUCGAGUAUUGGGGGUAGUUACGCCUCUUCGCACGGCCAUGGACAUUCGCAGAGCGUAUCCCGUAUUGAUCAUGACGAGUCGAGGGAGUUGGACUUUGUAACCCCGAGCCGACGCAGAACGUAUGGGAAGAUGGAACUGGAGGGGAGUGCUAUUCCCGCUCCAGCUGCUAUUGCGACGGCAAGGAGGAAGAGCGGCCAAAUGGGCACGACUACGUUGCCUAGGAGGGCAACGAGUGGAAGUAAAGAUAUCGAAGAAAUGAAACCGCCCGCACGAUCGCGGAAGUUGAGUGGGGUGGGAGAGACCUACUAG